AUGGAAUCAACCUCAUCAGAAGAUGUACAGGGAAAAUGCCCAAAUGUGGCAUGCCGCUAUGAUGCAAGAAGUUCGGAAAAAUCAUCCUCAGCAGAAGAUCUGCAGGGAAAAAUCCCAAAUGUGGCAUGCCGCUAUGAUGCAAGAAGUUCGGAAAGUUUCACUAUCAAACAAAGACUAGAAUUACUCUGCCAGUCUGAAAGUCUAAAUCUUAAUUUUUCAGAGAGUGAAUCAUCUGACAAUUCUGAGGCAUUCUCAGAAGGAGCAACACCGACAAUUGCUACAAAAAUCUUUAUGCCAAUGGAUGGGCUUCCAGUUCUAAGUCCGGGUGAAAAAGUUCCAUUCAGAGUGACUCUAAAAAGUAAUACGUCCAAUAUUGAAGAAUACCUGCAGCAAGUUGUGAAUGAAGAUGAAAUCCUGGGAGAAGAUUCUUUGAAUGCAUCAUCCCAGCUUCUACAGGAUUCCAUUAUUGUUGUUGAUGAUGAAACUGAGGAAAGAAAAGAUGUACUAACUUCUACAAGUGGUUCUUGUAAUUUACAUGAAAAGAAUAGUCAAGAAAACAUUUCGCUAAACCAUUCAAAUGUCAGCAGUUUUCCAUUUCUCGGGAUGGAAGAAUGCUGGGAGAGUGAUCCAAUACCUGAAACAAAUGCAGUGGAUAAGACUGGAAUGCUGAGUCCAGCUAUAAGGGGAUGUCACAGACUACUGAAAAGACGACAACUGUUGCAUAAUGAAAGCAAAAUGCCAUCACAGAGCCCUCCGCAUAAUGACUUGCUUACUUACAGUAGUACUAGUAGCUGUGCUAGCAGUAAUCAUAGAGAAUGUUGCCACAGUUUUACACCUUUAAAUAAAAAUAAUAUAGAUGGUAUUCAAGAAAAGUCACAAACUUGUGUCCAGGAAAGUGCUAUGCAAAAUAAGCAGCAUUUAGUUGGUAGUAUGGAGCCAGGCUUUGUUGAAGAAACUAUGAUGGAAAUCACAGAAAAUGGGAAUGAGCCAAUUUUGGUGAUUCAGGACACAGAUAAACCAGAUUAUUCGGUUAAAAAUGUGGACAGUAGCCAAGUGACUGAUGAUUGGGAAUCAACAAAACCUGAAAGUUUAGUUGAAGGAGACACUGUGAAUAUGAUGGACAUUGAGUCUCGGUCCACAACUAUUGACAAUCAUAUCACUGACACCUUAUUGAUAUCAAAUAAGAUGUCUAAUCAUAUCAGUACAAAACAGAAAUCUACUGAGAAUAAUUUACUACAUAAUACUAAAGAAUACAAAAUAGUGCCAAAUAAGAAACUGAGUGAUAUUGAAAAUGAAAAAACAUUAUUUGAUUCACUUCCUGUGGAGAUUAUGAUGAAGAUUCUGUCAUAUUUAACUCCUAAGGAGUUGUUACUCUAUGUUGCACCAAUUUCUAAGAAAUGGUAUAGUUUAGCUCAUGAACCUAUUCUCUGGCAGCAUUUAAGUAUCAGUACCUUGGAGACAAUCGAUUCUUAUGAUCUGUGUCAGAUCAUCCGAGGAGCCCCACUUUUAAAGAGUCUUAGCUUACGAGCUCGAGACGAACUCAAUAUAACUGAAAUCAGGAUGUUGACAAUUUAUUGUAACUAUUUGCAGAAUAUCAACUUGGGAUUUUGUGACAAUGUCAAUGAGAAAAUUAUUGAGACCUUGGGUCAGAAUUGUAAGAAUUUAGAAUGUGUGAAUGUAGAGGGAUGUGAAAGGAUAUCAGACCGGUGCAUAAAGUAUUUUACUGCAUUACCAAAAUUGAGAACUUUGAAUCUGUCUCAUUGUAUCAAGAUUACUGAUAAGGGAGUUAUACUGUUAGCUGAACAGUGUGAAAGAUUACAAGAACUCAAUAUAGAUGGAAUACCUUGGAUUACUGAUGAUGCAGUUAAAAUACUUGCUACUAAUAGAAGAGACAUUCUGAAAGCUGUUUAUUUAGAUGGUGCUGAAAUGACGGAUAAAUCAUUGAAAUAUGUCUCUGACUGUAAACAUUUACGCGUACUCAGUGUGUCCUUUGCUGAACAAUUAACUGAUGUAUCACUCAAGUAUGUCAAGAAACUGACAAAUCUUCAUCAUUUACGUUUAAAAAGAGGAGUAGAAUACUCUGACUAUGCUUUGGUGGAUACCUUCUCCUGUGCUAAUCUCCAUCAACUCACAUAUCUUAAUUUAACAGAAUGUUCAGAGCUCAGUGAUAAGGCACUGCAAUACAUUGCUCUUGGCGAGAUGGAGACCCUUGAUUUGCUUGGAUUGGAUAAGAUCCUUGGCAUGUGUUUGGUACAUAUUCCAAAGUGUAUGCCAAGAUUGGCAUUUCUUGAUUUAAGGCAGUGCAAUAGAAUUUCAGAUUUUAUGCUGACUGAUUUGGUCAUCAAGAAACCCAAUCUUGUGAUUAUAAAUUACUAUGGCGAUGAAGUGUCACCACAGUCGAUGUGA